AUGAAGCAGAGGGAAAAGCUGGAGCAGGAGGAGGUCUUCAGGCGUGCCAUUCCUGAGCGCGAGCGGCGCGGGACGCGACUCGUGUUCCGCCAGGGCAGCCCCUUGGUGCCUGCUGACCUGCAGCUCGUGGCCGCCUCGAGGGCCGGCGCCACCAUCAUCAUGAGUGACCAGAGCAGGCGCGUGUGGAGGGGCGGGAGGACACCUCAUGACCCCUGCUCCCUUGACCGCAGGACCCCUGAUGAGGCGGACGCACAGGUCAUCAGGUGUGCCAUCCUGCUUGACGAGCUUGAUGACUACAGGGGCCUCAGGACCGGCAGCGCCGCCGCCACUGGGCACGUUGUGGCUGAGCUGCGCACGCGCAGCGCGCUGCAGAUACUGCGCUACAGCUGCAGCCCCAGGGUGGUGGGCGUGCCCACGGGGCAGCUCAACGCGCGCAGGCUGGUCAAGAUGGUCAAGGCGCCCUUCAUCUCCUGGAUAGCGGGGCGCCUGUUCAACUUCGAGAACAAGGCUUCAAACUACGUGCAGGCCUUCCCGGAGCUGGUGGGCUGCAGAGUAUGA